CCCUGAGCGCAGCCGGGCACCGCGCACUCUGCCCCGGACUCACUCUCUCCACUCUCCGCUCCGGCGCACACGGCACAGCGCGGCGGGAGAAGAGCCCCUCACCCCCGGGUCCUCACCCCCGAGUCCUCACCCCCGAGUCCUCACCCCGAGUCCUCACCCCCGAGUCCUCACUCCCGGGUCUCAGUCUUGGACCUGAGCGCGCGCGGGAGCGCCGCUGUCACGUAGGUGGACGUGGACACGCGCGUGCAGUAUUUACCUGAGGCGCGCGCGCGCGGACACCUGGAUAUUUGGACGUGACUUUGGUCGUUUUACGCCGCGGGGGGUGGAGAGGAGCGCGCGGGCUGCGGACGCGCCCGGGCCGGUGUGCGGGAAAGACCAGGACACGGUCCCGAUGGAGCAGCAUGAGGUCACGGGAAAACACGCUCCGUGAAACCGGGAACCACGCACCGCGGCCCGGGCACAAGAGCCAGAGCGACCCGCUGGAGCCAUGGAGAGAAGAGAGAGAGAAAGAAAAGAAAGAAGAGACACAAGAGACACAAGAGACACAAGAGACACAAGAGACACAAGAGAGAGGUCCAGUCUGGUCGUGGUUCUGACGUUCUCGUUCACAUUGUUCUUCCUCUUCUCAUCAUCUCAGGUGUCCUCAGCCCAGCCCCAGUCCGACUCGCUCCGGUCCAGGUCCGGGUCCAGGUCCAGGUCCGGGUCUUUGAAUGAGUGGGGGUCCUGGGGGGUGUGGUCUGUUUGCUCUCGGACCUGUGGGGGCGGAGCUUCAGUCCGUGUGCGCACCUGUAUCACCAGGAGUCGUGUUGGUCGUCCGUGUCCUGGAGACGCCCGAGAAUAUAAGAUCUGCAACAGCAAGCCCUGUCCGGCAGGUGCAGUGGACUUCAGGGAGCUCCAGUGUCGAGCCUUUAACCACCGACCGCUGGUGUCAGGCGCCUCCUUCACCUGGAUGCCCUUCCACUCAGGUUCCAGUCCCUGUGAACUCUCGUGUCUUGCUGCAGGACAAAUGUUUUAUUUCAACUUUGGGAAAGUUUUGGACGGAACGUCGUGUGGAUCUGAUCCUGGAUCAGUGUGUGUGAACGGCCGCUGCCUGAGUGCAGGUUGUGAUCAGGUCCUGGGCUCUGGUCUCACUGAAGACGCCUGUCUGGUCUGUGGAGGCUUCAACCGCACCUGUCUGCACCACCAGGAGCUGCACCAGCCGACAGUGUUGGGGUACUCGGAGGUGGCCUUGAUUCCUGCCGGAGCCACAAACGUCAGAGUCACCGACAACAGCAAGAACUACCUCGUUUUGCAGAACGGGCAGAGGUCAGAGUUCAUCAUAAACGGGCACUGGACCAUCAGUCGUCCUGGCGAGUACCCGGCGGCAGGGACCAGGCUCCUGUACAGGCGCUCCUCCGACGGGCGCUCCUCCGACAGGCGCUCACCUGACCAAUGGGAGAGUCUGGAGCUGAGAGGCCCGACCAGGGAGGACCUGCACCUGCUGGUUUUGUCGACCGAGUCGGGUCCGGGGAUUUCUCUCGAGUACUGGCUCCCGCCGGAACGUUACUUCCUGUUCCAUGGCCCCAAGAGCCCGCUGGACCACGCCCCCCGCUCCGCCUCUGUCACCGCGGCGACGCCACCGUCACCACCACCGCCCGUCCCCACGGCGACAGCCAAACCCCUCACCGCCGUCCGACCACAGCGCCGCGUCAACCGAGUGGACUCUGUCCCUCUUCGUCCUCAGACGUCGUCCCUUCGGCUCAAGACUCGGACUGAACCAGAACUCGACCAGGAUCUGCCCCUGGAUCCUCGUCCAGGGCGCUGUGGGGCGUGUCCUGCCGUCAGAGGGCGCAGGGAGAGACAGAGACAGUUCUGCUCCAAAGACUUCGUGGUGCGGGCCGAGGUCCGGUCGGUCCAGUUCUUGGGUUCUGAGACUCGGUUCGAGGUCCAGAUCCUGGAGUCGUACAGGAACCGUUUUCCUCUUCUGUCUCGUGAGUUCCUGUGGGCGCGGGAGCAGUGCUGCCCCCUGCUGCUGCGCGGGCGUCACUACGUCCUGAUGCUCCGCCUCCACGUCAACCACGAGAACACGAGGAACCGCCUCCUCCUGGAACCCACCGACUACAGCGCCCCCUACAGCCCCCGAGAGGACAGGCUGCUCCGAGGACUGCAGGCGCGCUGUGGCAACGCCGGGGACCGCCUCUAGACCGGGACCGGGACCGGACCGGGACCGGGACUAGACCAGGGCCGGGACUAAACCAGGACUAAAUGCCAGAUAUAAACUCACUUUAAAACAAAACCUCUUGCUGCUGUUUUCUGGUCCAUAUAAGGCACUUCCUGGGCGGGGGCUCUUCCCCGUGGGCGGGGGCUCGUCCCCGUGGGCGGGGGCUCUUCCCCGUGGGCGGGGGCUCGUCCCCGUGGGCGGGGGCUGUGGAGACUGAAGCACUUUCACUAAAUCUUUUUUUGUCUGAAAAAGUAAAAAUUUUAAAAGAAAAAAAAAAAAAACUCCUCAAAAUGAAACUUUAGAGAUUUGACCAAAGAAACUUAAAGAGCAGGGACAGGGACAGGGACAGGUGACAGGGACACACAGGGACAGGUGACAGGUGACAGGUGACAGGUUACAGGUGACAGGGACACACAGGGACAGGUGACAGGUUACAGGUGACAGGGACAGGUGACAGGGACACACGACAGGGACAGGUGACAGGGACAGGAGACAGGGACACAGACAGGUGACAGGGACAGGUGACAGGGACACAGAUGGUGACAGGGACAGGUGACAGGGACACAGAUGGUGACAGGGACAGGUGACAGGGACACAGAUGGUGACAGGUGACAGGUGAGACUAACUCUUCUGAAACUUACUUAACGUCGUUAGAUUUAAGAUCUGACGUCAUUUUGCCGAGUUUCUGAAGGUGCUUCCUGAUUGGACGAGAGCAGAGGUCAGAGGUCGGUCGUAACCGUUGCCGAGCGACCAGACUGUAAACAACCGUCCAGAUCCGACUCGUACAAACAGAAGAGCUCAGUUUUAUUUGGUGACCUGAAGUUUGGAGAGUCUGAACGUGUCGGUGGUUUGGACGUUUCCUGUGGUGACGUCAUCAGGUGGAUCCGGUUUUUCACUUUUCUUCAGAAACUGAAGCUGAAGCCAAAGUUUGAUUCUGAUUGAACAGAGACUCUGAGUCUGACACUUUACAGCAAUGAACAAUAAAAGUGACAAACUCAAAGUUUAAUGUUCCAAAAAAAAAAAAAAAAAAAAAAAACACACCAAA